GGAUAAACAAUGCCAAUUUCUUGUCUUUAGUCAAGAUUUCUUGUUUUGAUUAUGAUUUCAGUUUCAAUUUCAAUUUCAAUUUCUCAUUUCGAUCAUUCAAACCAAUAGCAUUGCAGAAGAAUCUGUAUCAAUGGCACCCACUUGAUAAACAAGCUUCUAUCUGGUCUUCAGGUGAACCCUAAUCAAGAAUCAGUCUUCAAAUCGCCAGAUUUUUUAGGGUGUUCUUCAGUCGUCGUUUGAAUAAGCUCUGAAAUUUAGGGUUUCGUAUGAUUGUAAGGAAAGAUAUGAGCUGGCGCAGAGUAGCAAACUCUUUACAGGCUUUCUCUGCUCAUACUGCACUCUUCUGCUUCACAUCCUUGCUUGUUCUCAAACUCGAUCAUCUUGUUCCCUACUCUUGGUGGGUCAUUUUCUUCCCACUUUUUCUAUUUCACGCGAUUGUUGCCCGAGGAAGAUUCUCAUUACCUGCACCAUCAGUUCCCCAUGGCCGUGAUUGGGCACCAUGUCAUGCAGUUGUUGCCACACCUUUGCUUAUUGCAUUUGAACUGCUUCUUUGCGUCUUUCUGGAGAGUUACCAUGCUGAUAGGCCUGCGGCAGUAAGGUUGCAGACUGUCUUCCUUCCUCUGUUGGCAUUUGAAGUAGCCAUUCUUGUUGACAAUUUCAGGAUGUGCAAGGCCUUACUACCAGGAGAUGAUGAAAGUGUGAGCGAUGAUGCAAUAUGGGAGACACUUCCUCAUUUCUGGGUUGCUAUCUCCAUGGUUUUCUUCAUUGCCGCUACUGUGUUCACCCUUCUGAAGCUAUCCGGUUUUGUAGAUGCUUUAGGCUGGUGGGACUUGCUCAUAAAUUUUGGCAUCGCGGAAUGCUUUUCCUUUCUUGUUUGUACAAAGUGGUCUAAUCCAGUAAUUCACAGAAAUUUGCGAACAUCUGAAGCCAGUUCAUCGUCCACUGCUAUUAGAUAUCUUGAUUGGAAUAGUGGCUUAGUGGUUUCCUCGGAGGAUACCUCCGAGGAUGGGAUGUGUAAUCUGCAAGACAUCGGUGGACACAUAAUGAAAAUACCCAUUAUCGUUUUCCAAAUUCUCCUUUGCAUGCACUUGGAGGGAAAACCUGUUGCUGCUAGAUCUCUUUCCAUUCCCGUCAUUUUCUCUCCUUUAUUUUUAUUGCAAGGAGUGGGACUGCUACUUUCUGCAUCAAGAUUGGUGGAGAAAAUUAUCAUUUUGCUACGUACUGGGAGCGGCACUGGAACAUACUUCAUGAUUUCUGCUCGAGCUCGUGACUGCUUUGGGUUCUUGCACCGUGGCUCCAGGCUGCUUGGUUGGUGGUCUAUAGACGAGGGAAGUCGAGAAGAACAGGCACGGCUCUAUCACGAUGGGGCCUCAGGUUAUAACACUUUUUGUGGUUAUCCACCUGAAAUUGUAAAGAAAAUGCCAAAGAAGGAUCUUGCUGAGGAGGUUUGGAGGCUUCAAGCAGCUCUAGGUGAGCAGACGGAAAUCACAAAGUUUAGCCAACAGGAGUACGAAAGACUUCAAAACGAAAAAGUUCUAUGUCGUGUUUGCUUCGAAGGAGAGAUAAGCACAGUACUCCUCCCGUGUAGGCAUCGGAUUCUUUGCAGUACCUGCUGUGAGAAGUGUAAGAAAUGCCCUAUUUGCCGUGUUAAUAUCGAGGAGCGCUUACCUGUAUAUGAUGUAUAGCUUUUCAAGACGUGUGAAGAUCGGUGCCGUACAUGACCCGUGUCACGGAAUGAAAGAUGGAGCUUUUGAAACAAAAAAAAAACAAGAACUUUGAAGAUACAAAAGUUGCAGUUUCUUGAUAACUUAUGCGACUCCUGUUUGGUUUGUUUUUGUUUUUUUUUGGGUGGGUAGAAGAAGAGUGAAUGUAAAUAUAUGGAGAUACCACAUUUGACAGCUCAUUUCAAAAGCCUGUCACCAUUGUAUAUGUAAUGUCCAAAAGUAGCAAAUUGAGCCAAUAACCUUUAAACUGUUUAAAACUAUGGUGGAAGUUAUUGGUAGCCCACAACUUUAAGCUUAUAAAGAGGGAUAGAUUUUUGUAGUA